AUGCUUUCUGCUACAGCCGAUCGACGCGUCGCUCUGCUUGCUAGUACUCUGAAAAAAUUUCCAUAUCCAACAUUUGGCCGUAGUCGAAAAACCCCAGGAAUCCAAUCUUCGACUGACAUUGCCCCGCCCGUCGCCAUGUUCAGACUCCUCGGCUCAGCAUUCCCGCGCAUACACACUCGUCUCGCGUCGACACUGGCCGUACCGGCUGCCAGACAGAUCCCGGCUAUGAUCGCCCGUCCACAAAAUAUCUCGCUUACAGGCUUCAAAUUUGUCAGUCCCAUUGUUGCCGGUCUCACAGAAUCCCGCGAGCUUGUGCUCUCCUCGGUGCUCCGCAAAAGAAGACUGAAAAUGAAAAAACACAAGCUCAGAAAGAGAAGAAAGGCCCAAAGAGCUCUCAGAAUUAAGACCGGUAAAUAA